AUGAUCAAGCUUAUCACUGCCUCAUUCUUGGUCCUCUUUGCUUUUUCGGCAGCUCUUGGAUCUGUCAACAGAGAGGAAAUCAUCAGUUGUUUCGGAGAUUGUGUCAAAUUGGAGGAAAUCGAGCAGUGGAAGGAAUACCUCGUCGAUGAAGGAUUAUUAGCUUGUGAAACGAAAUGUGUUGAACUGUGGUUCCGACCUGAAUACGACAACACAAAAGUACCAGAGCUUACAAAGUGCAAUGAGAAAUGUGUGGAAGACUACCGUAAAGCAGAAUAA